AAUCUAUCCUCUAGGGUCAGGAUGGCACCAAGUGAGGGAAGGGAGGAAGGGAGAGUUACUAAUUCAUAGAAGCUUCUAAAUUCUGACCCCUCCUAUCCCUAUACAACCAGGAUGAAGGCUCUAGCCCAUACCCUGCUACUUGCCAUUCUCUUUCUUCUGCUGGCCUCCUUCAGCCCCAUUGCUGCCCAGGAGGAUGGCAUUGAUUUCUACAGUCUCACCAUGGACUCCAAGAUCACAUCACGAUUUGCCCACACGACCAUCACCAGCCAUGUGGUCAAUAAGGCUGAACAAGCCCAAGAGGUCACCUUCCAGGUGGAGAUGCCCCAGACAGCCUUCAUCACCAACUUUUCCAUGAUCGUUGAUGGUGUGAUAUACCCAGCGGAGAUGCAGGAGAAGGCAGCCGCCGAGGAGAGGUUCCUCUCAGCUGUGGCUGAGGGGCAGAGUGCUAGAAUCAUCAAGGCCACAGGGAGGAAUCUGGAGCAGUUCCAGGUGUCUGUUGAUGUGGCCCCAGCUUCCAAUGCCACCUUUGAGUUGGUCUAUGAGGAGCUGUUGAAGAGGCAUCUGGGGAAAUAUGAGCUGAUGCUGAAGGUCCAGCCCCAACAGCUGGUCAAACACCUGCAGAUAGACAUCCACAUCUUUGAGCCUCAGGGCAUCAGCUCCCUGGACACUGAGAUCUCCUUUAUGACCAAGGACCUGGCAGACGCCCUCACCACGACACAGAACAAGACCAAGGCUCACAUAGUGUUCAAGCCCUCUCUGGCCCAGCAGCAGAAGGAGCCCGGGAAGUCGGACACGAUUCUGGAUGGUAACUUCAUCGUCCAUUAUGAUGUGGAUCGAACCACCGCUGCAGGGGACAUGCAGAUCGAGAAUGGAUACUUCGUGCAUCACUUUGCCCCGAGAGAGUUGCCCCUGUUGCCCAAGAACGUGGUCUUUGUAAUUGACAGGAGUGGAUCCAUGACUGGCAAGAAGAUUAAGAAGACCAGGGAGGCCCUAGUACAGAUUCUGGAUGAUCUCAAACCAGAGGAUCAUUUCAACUUGGUUGCCUUCAAUGCACAAGUGAUGCAGUGGAAGCCAAUGCUUCUUCAGGCCUCAAAAGAACAUCUGGAAUCAGCCAAGACAUUUCUCUCUAAUACCCAAGCCCUGGGUGCAACCAACAUCCAUGAUGCCAUCCUUGUGGCUGUAAGAAUGCUGGAUAACAGCAACAGGAAGGAGCAACUGCCAGAAGGGAGUGUGUCUAUGGUCAUCCUGCUCACGGAUGGGGAUCCCACUGAGGGGGAAACAAAACUGCAGAAGAUUCGGGAAAACGUAAAGGUAGUUGUGAAUGGCCAAUGCCACCUCUAUUGCGUGGGCUUUGGCUUUGAUGUCAACUAUGCCUUCCUGGAGAAGCUGGCCCUGGACAAUGGUGGGGUGGCCCGGCGCAUCUAUGAGGACUCAGAUGCUGACCUGCAGCUCCAGGACUUUUACCAGGAGGUGGCCAACCCUCUGCUGACCAUGGUGAAGUUCCAGUACCCGGAUAAUGCUGUGGAGCUGCUCACACAGGACAACUUCAGGGUCUUCUUCAAGGGCUCUGAGCUAGUGGUGGCCGGGAAGCUCCAGCCCCAGGCCCCAGACUUGUUCUCAGCCCAAGUCAAGGGCCAUUCGCACACCCAGAAUUUCACCUUCCAAACAGAAGUGAAUGUUGUGAACAAAGAGAAAAUCUUCCAGGGCCCAAAGUACAUUUCUCACAGCUUCAUGGAGCGCCUAUGGGCGUACUUGACCAUCCAGCAGCUGCUGGAGAAAGCUGUUUCAGCCUCGGGUACUGAACAACUGAGUCUUCAGGCCAGGGCUCUGGACCUUUCCCUCAAUUUCAGCUUUGUCACUCCACUCACGUGUAUGGUAGUCAACCAGCCUAGGGGCCAGGGCCAGCCCCGGUUGGCUAUGAAGCCUGUGGAAAUAGUUUCAGAUCAUGCAAAGCUGAAGACAGAAAAACCAAUGAAAUCAGGCAGAAUGAAAUUUCGAAGAAGGAAGAUCAUUUCCCAGGAGCCAACUGAACUAAAGUCCCGGUUGGCUCCUUUAGAAGAUGUCUUACCAGGGACCUCUAAGCCACUGUCAGUGGGGACUCCAAUGCCUCCUUCCCCUGUUCCUCUGGAAGAAUCUUUGAAGUCAAUGGAAAGGGCCCCUCACUUCAUUUUGCCAUUGAUUACACACAAAAAAAACAAAGAGAUUUUAUGUGUGGAUGUCAAAGGAUCACCCUUUAGACCACUGAGUCUGAUCUCUGAUCCAGUACUAGGAAUUGAGGUGACUGGCCAUUAUAAGGACUUUUUGGAUACAUUUUCCUGGCUCCAGGUGAGCUACAGGACUCUUGAAGUACAGGUGUAUGUGACCCAGGACAGCAUCAUAAUGAUUCGUGGCAGUGGUCAACAUAGAAAAAGCACCUCUUAUCAGUGGCAGAAGACAUUCUUCUUCGGGUUUCCUGGGUUGAAGUUGGCCUUGGAUAAUCGUGUCUUGAGGCUCACUGCCCCAGGAAAAGUCACCAUCUGUAUGGUGUCCUUGAGUCAUUUCACCCCUGGACUCCAUCUCUUUCUGCAGAAUCCAGUUCAUUUUUCUGGGAAAGUCAGUGGGAUCCUUGGUCAGUUUUACCAGCAUUUGUACUGCAGUUCCUUGGAAGAUAACAAGAUGGAGCUGACAGCAAUGGGAAAGACAUAUACAAUUACCAGGAAGUACAUGUUGGAUUACCAAGAUGGAGAAGGAAGCACUUCAAUGCCAACAUUGCUGUGCUGGUCCCUAGAACAAUCCUUAUAAGAUGGAAGAACUUCAUAGACAAUGAAUAACAUGUAUUUCUGAUUACACAUGUA